GCUAUGCGACCAGUUCUAUAUUGAUUCAAACGAUCAAAAGGCAUAUUAUAAUAUUAAAUUUCUUUUAGAUAUUUUGAGCUACAAAAUGAAUUUUCUACAGCCAAGUGAUUCGACGGAGAGUCUAUCGGCAUGGUCGCCAUUGAAGUGCGAGAGAGACAAAUACGCGCAGCGCUAUUUUUUUUCAGACGCCCCAAAACAGCAGCGGAAAUUGUCACCACCAAGGUAUGUGGACCGGAUCGCAUUGGAAGAAGCUUUCUCUUGGCUAGAAAUCAAUGACCAGAUGAGCGAUGACUAUAAGGAGGAUCAGCAUAAAAAUAAGAGUUUGGAUCGAGUUGAAAACACUUGUGUAAAGCAAAGGGUUAAAGAAAUAAGCAAAAGAUUGAAGAUAAAGAAAGAGUAUAAAAAACUUAUUCAAGAGCUUAACGUAUUGAAAAACGAAAGUGUAGGGAUGUUAAACUGCGCCGGGGAUCUACAGACCGAAGAUAAGAGGCGACUGUUCAUGGAUUCCGUUCAAAAUCACUUAAAACGAGUUGUGGAUUUUAAAAACUCUAAAGUUCGCUAUAUAAACUCACAGUCUCCGAAAUGGACUUCACGUGACAGGACCUUGGCACUGGAAACAAUAAAGAAAAUGUCUGUGAGACAUCAGGUCCUAAUGGACGAGUGGAUAGAGACGCUCGUCAAUACUUAACCAACAAAAUAGAUUUGAGAAAAUAUUUUUGUUUCAUUUAUAAAUACUUAAUUAAUCUAUUUCCCAUAUUUAUUGGGAUGACUUCACCUAUCA